UGGUCUCCAGUCGCCGCCGGCAGUGCAAGGCUGUGCAGCUCUUGGGCUACAGUGCCCGGGGUUGAUUUGGCCGGCCUCUUCUAGCACGGGCGCUGCUGCGGGUGUCUCUAGCUGGGGUCGAGCUGCUGCGGUGCCCUCCGCAGCAAGACGCACGGCGCGGUCCUCGAGAGCGAGCCCGGCACUAGCAACUUCUGCUUGGCGAGCCUAACUUCUGCGCGGGGUUCGGACUUGAAGAUACCGAGCCGUGCGCCUCGCGCAGUUGGGGCGGUGGCCCCGCCGGCUCACCCUCACCGAGAUGACCUCCCGGCUGUGCUUCUGGUGCGUCUGCGUCUGGGCCGCUGCCAACUGGCCGCCAGGAAGCGCCCUACAGCUCCAGCCCGGCAUGCCAAAUGUUUGCAGAGAGGAGCAGCUGACCUUGGUAAGACUGUCACGCCCAUGCACCCGAGCUUUCAUAGACACCAUCCAGUUCUGGAGACAAGGCUGCUCAGGCCCACGGUGGUGUAUGGGAUAUGAAAGAAGGGUUCGCUACUACAUCAUCUACAGACAUGUGUAUGCCACAGAGCACCAGACAGUCUUCCGGUGCUGCCCUGGUUGGAACCAAUGGGAUGAUGAACCAGGCUGCUUCACCUCUGUCUCUUCUUUGGGAACUCAUUUCAGUGGAAGGGAAUGCUGGGAUGGAGACACACAGCAGUGCCUUUGUUCACGAGGAUUUCACGGACCCCACUGUCAAUAUGAUAUAAAUGAAUGUGCUGUUGACAAUGGUGGCUGUCAAGACCAAUGCUGGAAUACGAUUGGCAGUUAUUACUGCAUAUGUCAAGCUGGCCAAAAACUGGAGGAAGAUGGCAGAGGAUGUGAAGACGUGGAUGAGUGUGCGGUCAUGAAUGGAGGCUGCCAGCAGCGCUGUAUUAACACUCUGGGCACCUUCCACUGUGAGUGUGACACAGGAUACAGACGCCAUGCUGACGAACGUACCUGCAUAAAGACAGACCCCUGCGCAGGUGCAAAUGGAUGUGCUCACCUGUGUCAAAGCGAGAACGGCAUGGCCAGGUGCGCCUGCCACGCUGGGUACCAGCUGUCUGAAGACAAAAAGGCCUGCGAAGAUAUAAAUGAGUGCGCUGAGGAGCUCACUCCCUGUGCUCAUGGCUGUGUGAACUCAAAGGGGUCCUUCACGUGCACCUGCCAGCCUGGCUUUGAGCUAGGAGCUGAUGGGAAACACUGCUACAGAAUUGAAUUAGAAAUUGUCAGUAUCUGUGAAAAGAACAAUGGCGGUUGUUCUCAUCACUGCGAGCCUGCGAUUGGUGGACCCCAUUGUUCCUGUAACCACGGACAUCAGCUCGAUACAGAUGGGAAAACAUGCAUAGACUUUGAUGAAUGCAAGAGCGGAGAAGCCUGCUGUGCCCAGCUCUGUAUCAACUACUUAGGAGGCUAUGAGUGCAGCUGUGAGGAAGGCUUUCACAUCGGUGCGGAUGGUUGUGGAUGUGACGCUUUAGACGAUGAACAAUUAGAGGAGGAGGAAGAGGAAAUAGACGUCCUGAAGUUUCCAGGCCUUCUAGUUCAGAGCCUACCUCAGCCACUCCCUUAUCUGGAUACUUCUCUGACUGCUUCCUAUGAAGAUGAAGACAAUGAUGAUGCAGUCCAGGGAGCAGAAGGAGAGUUCCAAGGGCUGGCUGCCUUGCACAGAGUUGUCUGUUUAGAUGGUACCUUUGGCCUGGAUUGCAGCUUGAGCUGUGAAGAUUGCAUGAAUGGAGGGAGAUGCCAAGAAGGAAGGAGUGGGUGCUUCUGCCCAGCAGGAUGGACUGGCCUCCUAUGCAACGAAAGCAAUAGCCUAAGAACUGUGGAAGAUCAGCAAGCUCCUAUGGGUGAGUUCUCCUCAGCAAAAGCACCCUGAAAUGCACUGAUCAACUAUCGAGUGGAGACAAUAAUGUGUUUAUUGUAUAUAAAGGGAGCUAGUGAAUGCUGGUGCUUAUACACUGAAUAUAUAACAGCAUGGGGAGAUGCUAUAUUCUCAGGGGAAGGCGGUGCUCCAAAUCCUGCUAACACAUGAAACAUAGAAAUUAAUAAAGGCUCCUAAUAAGGCCAGUCUUUUGAAAACCCUGAACAUAAAUAAAUCACCAGCACCUGGCCCGCUGUUCCCAAUGGAAAACCAGGAAACGUUUGUGCUACAAAGUACAGUGAAUUUGCAUAAAAUUUUAAAAAUCGAAAUUGUUUAACUGGGCUCACUUCUGUUGCUUACCCCACUUCUCCCUCUAAAAAAAUUACGUGAACCUAGCCAAUGAUGAUGGUUUUAUCUUUUUAUAUAAGUCUCUCAAGAGAAGCUAUCAAAAAUU